CGUGGCUGCACUGGGUGUCAGGCUGGGGGCCCCAUUGUGCCUGUCCCAGCAGCUCAGCCUGCCGGGGGACUAUAUUCUGGGUGGGCUUUUCCCUCUGGGCUCGGCCGAGGAUACUGAGCUGGGUGACAGGAUGCAGCCCAAUGCCACCAUGUGCACCAGGUAGGGAGGCCGGGAGUGAGGGCAGGGGAGGUGGGGCUGGGGGAGGUCGGUCAAGGGGAGAGGCGUCGGCCACCCGCAGCCACUGUGGCCCCAGGUUGUCCGUCCCCGGCCUGCUCUGGGCACUAGCCAUGAUGAUGGCUGUGGAGGAGAUCAACAACGCGUCCACCCUGCUCCCUGGGCUGCGUCUGGGCUAUGACCUCUUCGACACAUGCUCGGAGCCCGUGGUCGCCAUGAAGCCCAGCCUGGUGUUCAUGGCCAAAGCGGGCAGCCGCAGCAUCGGCGCCUACUGUGACUACACGCAGUACCAACCCCGCGUGCUGGCUGUCGUCGGGCCCCACUCAUCCGAGGUUGCCCUGGUCACUGGCAAGUUCUUCAGCUUCUUCCUCAUGCCCCAGGUCAGCUACGGCGCCACCACCGACCGGCUGAGCAACCGCGAGACGUUCCCAUCCUUCUUCCGCACGGUGCCCAGCGACCGCGUGCAGGCAACAGCCAUGGUAGAGCUGCUGCGGGAGCUACGCUGGAACUGGGUGGCCGCCGUGGGCAGUGACGAUGAGUACGGCCGGCAGGGCCUGAGCCUCUUCUCCAGCCUGGCCAACGCCAAGGGCAUCUGCAUCGCUUAUGAGGGCCUGAUGCCGCUGCCCCGUGCCGGCGGCCCACGGCUGGGCUCUGUGCAGAGCCUGUUGCACCAGGUGAACCACAGCAGCGUGCAGGUGGUGGUGGUGUUCUCCUCCGCACACACCACCUACAGCCUCUUCAGCUAUACCAUCCACUACAAGCUCUCACCCAAGGUAUGGGUGGCCAGCGAGGCCUGGCUGACCUCAAGCCUGGUUAUGAUGCUACCGGGCAUGGAGCGGGUGGGCACGGUGCUUGGCUUCCUGCAUCAGGGUGCUGAGAUGCCCGAGUUCCGGUCCUAUGUGCAGACCCGCCUGGCCCAGGCCGCCGAGCCUGCCUACUGCGCCUCGCUAGAGGCAGGGCGGCUGGGUCUGGAGGAACACGUGGUGGGACCACGCUGCCCCCAGUGUGACCGUGCCUCCCCGGAGAACGUGACUGAUGGGCUGCUUUACCACCAAACCUUUGCCGCCUACGCAGCCGUGUAUAGCGUGGCCCACGCGCUUCAUAAAGCGCUGCUCUGCAACUCCUCGGGCUGCCCCACACAGGAGCCAGUGCGGCCCUGGCAGCUCCUGGAGAACAUGUACAACAUGAGUUUCCGUGCAUACAACCGGACCCUGCAGUUCGACAUCAGCGGGAAUGUGGACCUGGCUUAUGACCUGAAGCUGUGGGUGUGGCGGGACCAGAUGCCCACGCUGCGCACCGUGGGCAGCUUCAACGGCAGCCUGGAGCUCCAGUUCUCCAACAUGAUCUGGCACACCCCGGGAAACCAAGAGCCCGUGUCCCAGUGCUCGCGGCAGUGCAGGGAGGGCCAGGUGCGCCGCGUGAAGGGCUUCCACUCCUGCUGCUACGACUGUGUGGACUGCAAGGCAGGCAGCUACCAGCGCCACCCAGACGAUGCCCUCUGCAGCAAGUGUGACCAGGACCAGUGGUCCCCAGACCGGAGUACCCGGUGCUUCCCCCGCAGGCCCAGGUUCCUGGCGUGGGGGGAGCCGGCAGUGCUUGGGCUGCUCCUGCUGCUGGGCAUCGUUCUGGGUCUGGUGCUCCUGGUCCUGGGACUCUUCACCUGGCACCGGGACAGCCCACUAGUUCAGGCCGCAGGGGGGCCCCGAGCCUGCUUUGGCCUGGCCUGCCUGGGCCUGGUCUGCCUCAGUGUCCUCCUGUUCCCUGGCCGGCCCAGCACUGCCAGCUGCGUGGGCCAGCAGCUGCUGCUUCACCUCCCGCUCACCGGCUGCCUGAGCACACUAUUCCUGCAGGCAGCCGAGAUCUUUGUGGGCUCAGAGCUGCCACCCAGCUGGACAGACUGGCUCCACAGCCGCCUGCGGGGGCCCUGGGCCUGGCUGGUAGUGCUGCUUGCCAUGCUGGCAGAGGCGGCGCUCUGUUCCUGGUACCUUGCAGUCUUCCCACCGAUGGUGAUAACAAACUGGCAUGUGCUGCCCACGGAGGCACUAGUGCACUGCCGCGUGAGCUCCUGGAUCAGCUUCGGAGUGGUGCAUGCCACCAACGCCAUGCUGGCCUUCCUCUGCUUCCUGGGCACCUUCCUGGUACAGAGCCGACCUGGCCGCUACAACGGUGCCCGCGGCCUGACCUUCGCCAUGCUGGCCUACUUCAUCACCUGGGUCUCCUACAUCCCGCUCUUUGCCAAUGUACACAUGGUCUCCCACCCCCCUGUGCAGAUGGGCACCAUUCUCUUCUGUGUGCUGGGCAUCCUGGCCACCUUCCACCUGCCUAAGUGCUACCUGCUGCUGUGGCGGCCAGACCUCAACACCCCCGAGUUCUUCUUGGGAGGGGGUCCCAGUGAUGCCAGAGGGCAGGGCAGCAGUGGGGUCAGGGAGGAGACUCAGGGGAGAAACAAGUGACCCUUGAGUAGGUGGCGUCACCCCAGUGAACUCAGACCUCGUUGAGGCACCCCAAAAUCAAGUUUCCAUGCAGCAACCUGCAGACUGGGCCUUAACUCCACUGAGACUCACAGCCCUAGAUUCUGCUCACCUUGACCCCAGAGUGACCUCCAGAGUGCAUAAGCGGCCUCAGCCCAAUGGGAUCUCAUCACCUGAGGGCCCAGAGUUAGGCUCUGUCUUGUCCUGGCCGAGCCCUAGCCUACACAGGUGACCCAGCCCCACUGUUCCAGUCAGAGGCCCAUAGAGGGUUCUUGGGGCUCCAUGAAGCUACACUGAGUGCUCAGGGCAGACCCCAGGGGCCACAUGAAGGCAAAGCUGGGUAUCACUUGCCUGCUUGGGCCCAGUGGAGGCCCCCACCCAGCAUCCUCUCCAAGCAUCACAAGAGUGGGAUGUUGGGAGGUGGAUGGGGCUUUCUCAUCCUCUCUGCAAGAGUGUGUACCUGACCUGGACCCCAGCGCAAGGCAGAGGCCUCCUCAGAAGGGAGGGGGCACCCAGCUUACUUUUCUCUCCCUGGCCAGUGAGCCAGCAGAAUGGGGGCCAGUCACCUCCAGCACCACAGACAGAGCCCAGGCAGGUGUGGGGAGGGGGUCAGCACUAUGGCCAGCACCAGCCACAGGGAUCCCUACCCCCUACCCCACCCCUGCCCCAGAGCCAGGAGCCAGCACUGCGGACAGAAGACUGCCUGCCAGGUCGGCUGUGGGCAGGGCCUUGGUGAGCU